AUGAUCACCCCCCUCCUCGCUCUCGCUCUCGCCCUCACUGCUGCCCCCGCACAGGCGGCUGGCCCGUUCAACAUCAAGGAAGCCGUCAACUGCCGCACGGGCCCGGGCAGAUCCUACGACAUUGUCAAGCAGUAUAGCGCUGGCGAUCAAGUCACGCUCGAGUGCCAGACCGAGGGGGAGAACAUCAACGACGACACAAUCUGGGAUAAGACUACCGAUGGCUGCUUCACCAGCGACUACUACGUCCAAACCACUGGGCGGGCGGAAUACGUCGCACCCAAAUGUGACGCACCUUCCACCCCCACCGCCGAACCCUGCCCAACCCUCAACGAAGCGGGCACCGCCCUCCUGAAAGAGUUCGAAGGCUUCGUUCCUGCCCCUGCGCCGGACCCGAUCGGUCUUCCGACCGUCGGAUACGGCCACCUCUGCCAGACGGAGGGCUGUUCCGAAGUACCCUACCCCUUCCCCCUAACUGAGGAGACGGCGACUCAGCUCUUGAACGACGAUGUGCCACGCUACACAUCAUGUCUCGGUGACAUGCUGGGCAGCGUGACGCUCAACGAUAACCAGUGGGCGGCACUCGCGAGCUGGGUGUACAAUAUGGGUUGCGGGCAGACUGCCGAUAGCACGCUCAUCUCCCGCAUCAACGCUGGUGAGGAUAUGGCCACUGUUGUGGGUCAAGAGCUGCCGGAGUGGGUCCAUGCCGGUGGGGAAGUCCUGCCGGGCCUAGUGCGCCGGCGCGACGCCGAGGUCGCGCUCUUCAACACUCCCAGUGGUAAGGAGGCUUACCCGACAUGCGCGUAG